CCGCAGAUGGCCGAUUUCUUUCUGUGAUUGACUCACCGAACAUCGGCCCAGAUAAUUUUCCAAACUUACAUACCGCUCCUCUCCUCUCCUCUUCCACACCUCCAAAUUACCCCCUUUAUAGCGGCAGCAAAAAUGUCAACGUUCGGUUCUUACUUCAAGGUCACGACCUACGGCGAGUCCCACGGCAAGUCCGUUGGUGUCAUUGUUGAUGGCGUCCCGCCCGGCAUGGCUCUGACCGAGUCCGAUAUCCAGCCCCAGCUGAACCGCCGCCGCCCCGGCCAGAGCUCAAUCACGACGCCUAGAAACGAGAAGGACCGCGUCGUCAUUCAGAGCGGUACCGAGUUCGGUGUCACUCUCGGCACCCCGAUUGGCAUGCUCGUCCAGAACGAGGACCAGCGCCCCAAGGACUACGGCAACUCUACGAUGGACAUGUUCCCCCGCCCGUCCCACGCCGAUUGGACCUACCUCGAGAAGUACGGCGUCAAGGCCUCCUCCGGUGGUGGCCGUUCCUCGGCCCGCGAGACAAUUGCCCGCGUCGCCGCUGGUGCCCUCGCCGAGAAGUACCUACGCGAAGCCUACGGCACCGAGAUCACCGCCUUCACCACGAGCGUCGGCAACUGCCACCUCUUCCCUCCGACCCCCGAGCACCCGAGCCCCUCGACGAACCCCGCCUUCCUCUCGCUCCUCAACACCGUCGACCGCAACACCGUCGACCAGUUCCUCCCCGUCCGCUGCCCGCACGAGGAGACCAACGAGAAGAUGAUUGACCUCAUCAGCGACUACAAGGCGCGUGACGACAGCAUCGGCGGCACCGUCACCUGCGUCAUCCGCAACCCGCCCUCGGCGCUCGGCGAGCCCUGUUUCGACAAGCUCGAGGCCCAGCUCGCGCACGCCAUGCUCAGCAUCCCUGCCACAAAGGGCUUCGAGAUCGGCUCGGGCUUCGGCGGCUGCGAGAUCCCCGGCUCGCAGCACAACGACGCCUUCAUCAAGGCGCCCGAGUCGGAGCUCGAGGCCGACGCCCAGCGCAUGGGCAUCCCCCGGUCCAAGCUGACCACCAAGACCAACUACUCUGGCGGUAUCCAGGGUGGUAUUUCCAACGGCGCGCCCAUCUACUUCCGCGUCGCCUUCAAGCCCCCCGCGACCAUUGGCGUGGACCAGACGACGGCGACCUACGAUGGCUCAGAGGAGGGCGUGCUGGCCGCAAAGGGCCGUCACGACCCUUGCGUCGUCCCCCGUGCGAUCCCCAUCGUCGAGGGUAUGGCCGCGAUUGUUCUUCUGGAUGCGCUUAUGGCGCAGCACGCGAGACAAAUGACAAAGAGCCUUCUGCCUCCCAUUAAGAGGGAGAAUGGCAAGGCGUAA